GCAGGCCAAUGAGGAGUACCAGGUCCUUGCCAACUCGUGGCGUUACUCAUCUGCAUUCUCCAACAAGCUCUUCUUCACGGUGGUGGACUAUGAUGAGGGGGCUGAUGUUUUCCAACAGUUGAACAUGAACAGCGCUCCAACCUUCAUGCAUUUCCCGGCGAAGGGAAAGCCCAAGAGAGCCGAUACGUUUGACCUGCAAAGGAUUGGAUUUGCUUCAGAGCAACUGGCCAAGUGGAUUGCAGACCGCACAGAUGUUCAGAUCCGUGUCUUCCGUCCCCCUAACUAUUCAGGGACUAUUGCUCUGGCUCUGUUGGUGUCUCUGGUUGGAGGCCUGCUGUAUUUGAGAAGGAACAACUUGGAAUUCAUAUACAACAAGACUGGAUGGGCUAUGGCUGCACUGUGUGUAGUGUUUGCGAUGAUAUCUGGACAGAUGUGGAACCACAUUCGAGGUCCUCCCUACGCACACAAAAAUCCCCAGAAUGGACAAGUGAGUUACAUUCAUGGCAGCAGUCAGGCUCAGUUUGUGGCUGAGUCCCACAUCAUCCUUCUUCUGAAUGCUGCAAUCACCAUGGGGAUGGUGCUGCUAAAUGAGGCUGCCACCUCCAAGGGAGAUGUUGGCAAGAGGAGAAGCAGAGCAAUCCGAAGUCAGGGGCCACUGCAGCAGAAGGCUCUGUCCUUGUUCCUGUUGCUUGAGAGGAGAAUGAUUAUAUAUGCAAACCUGACUGAGUCAGUCCAGCACAAUGCCCAAUCAGCCACAGAAACAGUGAGUGGUAGAUUUGCACUUCACUGAUUACACUGAAGGUGA